AUGAGGAGGCGAAAGGCUUCUGCCAGGCAACAAGGGGCUGCUCUGCCAAGGAGACGAGCCGGCAGCAGCUUGUCAAGACCUCGGGAGGCCCAAGGCAGAGUGCGUGCACUCUACAAUGCUGCAGAAAAUGCGCGGUUGGUCUUCAGUCUGGCAAUGGUUGUGGUCUCCCUCCAGAGAUGCCUCAGCCCAGGCAUCUCUACCAUGAACACAUUUGCUCUGUUGGGGAAACAAUCACAAGAAAUGCAACAGCUGAGAGAUGAGGUGGUGAGCCUGGCUGCAGAGAUUGGCUCUAUGAAGAAGGAAGUUCAGCAAAUAAAAGAGGCAAUGUCUGCAGUCACACAGAUGUCCGACUGGGCUCUGAAAAGUGCAGGGGCUGCCAUCAACCUGCAGAGAUCAUCCAGCAGCUCUGCAUGGCUCUGCAGGGUGUUUUGGUUCCUGUGUCCUCCACCCCUUCUGGAUACCUUUGUGCAGCCAGAUGCUUCCCCGGGAUACUGCUGGCCUUUCCAAGGGUCUCGGAGUGAGGUGCUAAUCCAGUUGCCCACACAAAUACGACCAAUGGCCGUCACCAUACAGCACACCUCAAAGAUAGACUCUCUGCUGGGGCCUGUCAGUAGCGCCCCCCGAGAUUUCACAGUCUCUGGACUGGAUGAAGAAGGAGAGGACGAAGCUCUGCUGGGGACAUUCACCUACACUGUGCAGAAAAAGCCAACCCAGACUUUCCUUCUGCAGAAUGGGAUCCCCAGAGCCUUUCGGUUUUUGAAGCUUGUCAUACAGAGCAACUGGGGAAAACCAGGAUACACCUGCAUUUAUCGAGUGCAAGUGCAUGGGAAGAUCGUGGGAAUGAAUGCCAUCGGCCAGACACAUGUGGAGACCCUCCCUCAAUAA